CCAGACACACACACACACACACACACACACGGACAGAAACAGACAUACACACAACUUGUUUCUCACCAGACAGUUUAGUCAUUCAGCAGCAGGCAGGCAAGAAGACGGUCGACCCCUCAGCCAACUGUGACCAUCUGCGGAGAAGAAGAACAAGUCAAAAAGUGCAGCCAUGGGGAAAGGAUGCAUUACAGUCACCAAGUACUUUCUAUUCCUCUUCAACCUGCUCUUCUUUAUCUUCGGAGCGCUGAUCAUGGGCUUUGGCCUGUGGGUCCUCUUUGAUAACCAGAGCUUCAUUGCUGUCCUACAGGAAUCAUCAGACACAGUGAAAGUUGCCUCCUACAUCCUCAUUGGAGUGGGUUCGUUGUCAAUGGCCAUGGGCUUCUUCGGCUGCAUAGGAGCCAUCUACGAAAUUCGUUGUCUGCUGGGUCUGUACUUCACCUGCCUCCUGCUCAUCCUCAUCGCCCAGGUCACAGCUGGAGUUCUCAUCUACUUCCAGAGAGAUCGGUUGAAAUAUGAAAUGUCCAACAUCAUCAAGGGCAUGAUAACCAACUACACUGGCCAGAACAGGACCACAGAGCACACCUGGGACUACAUUCAGAGGACGAUGAAGUGCUGUGGAUGGACUGGUCCAGGCAACUGGUCUGAGAACAUUUUGAUCAAGAACAGCUCCCAGUACCUCUACUCAUGUUCCUGUCGCAAUGGCACUAUGCCUGGCACGGACAUCAAGGACGUAGGCCUGUGUGAGCACCUGUCCACAGAUCUACCCAUCUAUGAAACGGGCUGUAUAACCACUGUGGAGAAAUGGCUCCUGGACAACUGUGGAGUUAUUCUGGGAAUCUGUGUCGGUGUGGCAGUUGUGGAGCUCCUCGGGAUGAUCCUCUCCAUGUGUCUGUGCAAGAGUGUCGUCCAGGAGGAUUAUACCAAAGUACCGAAGUACUGAGCUGAAGACAGAGCCAGCUUCACAGCACACACAGAUGGACGGACUCUCUCCUCUCUCCCUCCCUCUCUCUCUCCAUGCCUCACAUUGUUAUGAACACACAUACAAAUUAAGACAGCUGUCUCCACCAUUUGAGCUUCUCCUGCCUUGACAGCUGUGCAGAUUUCUCACGCCCCAUAUGUCCCACACUCACACACACACACACACACACACACACACACACACACACACACACACCUCUCAAUCAAGCUUUGACACACUUGUUGGACAGACGUCCACAAGUUACCAUUGUUGUCUUAUGAUUUUGUGUUUUUUAAGGAGACAUUUGUGUAUUUUUGGUCAUAUUGUUUUGGUGUAAGCCUGAGAAUUUGCGGUUUGAUACUAUGCAAAUGUUCAUUUAUGUGUCCUCAAUGAAGCGCUUAGCAUAGUUAGUAGAGAGAGCACUUUAGCAACAUGUGGUGAGCUGAGAGCUGGAGCAUCUUCUGACUCUGGGGCACGGAGAUGAGAGGGAGACGGGAGGGUGUGGGUGUGUGCGUGGUAGACGCUCUCAAGGAUUAAUGCCACUUUGUGAUCCUGCAGCUGGUAUUUUUGGUGCAGAGUGUGGAGGAGAGGCCCAGGGCAGGGCUGCUGUGGUGGAGGUUUUGGCUUCUGUCAUCAGCUCCUUGUACCCAGUAGCCCUGAUAUUAACCUCCGUUUACACCCACCACCACCGCCGCCUCCUCCUCCCCCAGCUCUCCAUCAUCUGGUAGCGUCUCUAAAUCACGUCUCUGUCCUCCUCUCGGGUGUGUCUGACUGGGAACCAGUAGCUUUCCAAAAUGACUAGUUUUGCAUGAAGUAAGUGUGUGUAUGAUGUGUUGAGUGAGUAUUUUAUUUCUUAUUUUAUAUUCUCAUGUCAUCUCUGUUUUUUGGUUUUUUGUUUUUUUUUUACAACUGUAUAUAUAUAAGACUGGUAAGGGAUUAUGGCACUCCAGUGCUUGGUCAGCAUUUUAUAUGGGAAAGCUGUCACCCACAUGCUCUUGUUUUAAGAGUCCUAUUGUUCUUCGUUCCCUCUCUGUCGUUUAUGAUGUACAGAAUGUGGCUGCCACAGCAGCUUGUCAGCACUAUUUUAGUCUGAAUCAGAGAAAUCUGAAACCUUAAAGUGGAUCUGUCAUCACUGUCAAAGCUAUAUUUUCAUUUCCUUAGCAUAGCAUGAGUUUGUGAACAACCUCCCGUAGCGCCUGCCCCAAACAUCUCUAUUUAAGCUCCUCACACCUGCCUUCAUUUUGAAAAACCCCAUUUUUUUUUUUACCAUCAUAGCAGUAAUGUGAAAGCGUCAGCUGUGCGACCACAAUUUCCAUUCUCUGCGCGAUUGUUUGUUUUCCCAGAAGUCAUUUUGCUUGGUUUGAUGCUAUCGGUAACAAGGGCAGAGAAAAACGCUGGAAACUAGCAGUGAUUGCAUAUUUCAAAGGCCGCUACGACCAGAGAAUGUUCGUCAACUCAUGCUGCCUUUGCUGGAAAAAAAAACCCGUUGCUUUGAGUUUCCUCAUGCCACUUCUCAUCAUCUCGGUUCUUCCACUUCAUUUCAAACACACUAUUAUCGCUGAAUUUAUGGUUAAUUUAGUGUAUAGAUUGCACUUCUAUGUGAUUUAUGUCUCACGUGACUCAUUUCAAAUUGUGUUCAUCAUGCUGCAGUGACACAAGAGGGCACAAAGUGUCCAUUUAAAAAAAAAAAAAAAAAAAAGAACAA